UUUAAAAUAGUUUUCAGACGUUUUAAUUCGUGGUGUCGAGUGAUUUUGUGACUCGGGGUUCUGGGAUAAAUAUAUAACUUUAGAAAUAACGUUAAUGUUGGACAUUUAAUUAAAUUAAUUUUAGUUAUUAAGAGCGAUGCAUUGGCUCAUAUGGGCUUGUUGCACAGCAGACAUUUUGUAGUGUCGUAGCAGGAAACUCACAGGUGUAGCAGGUAAAUGAUGAAUGCAUUCCGUUCAGGAGUAGCGAGAAUCCUCAGCCAUGAAGGAGGCGUCACAGACAUCGAGGUUUUGCAAGCUGCUUUGCUUCAUGACACGGUGGAGGACACAGACACCUCUCCUGCAGAGCUCGAGGCAAAGUUUGGACCCAUCGUGGCUCGUAUCGUUCAGGAGGUGACGGACGACAAACGCCUGCCCAAACAGGAGAGGAAGCGUCAGCAGGUGGAACACGCAGCUCACUGCAGCCGCCAGGCCAAGCUGGUAAAGCUGGCUGAUAAACUGUACAACCUGAGGGACCUGAACCGCUGCACACCUGUCGGUUGGACAGACGAGCGGGUCCAGGAGUAUUUCGUGUGGGCCUGCGAGGUGGUGAAAGGCCUGAGAGGAACUAACUCUGCUCUGGAGGAGAAGCUGGGUGAGCUGUUCAGACAGAGAGGGGUCCAGCUCUGACGGUGAAGAAAAGAAAACAUUCAAACUACAAAUAAAAUACAUUUUAAUUAGUAAAUUAUGCAAAUAAAUCAUAUUUCAUAUACAUUUGUGUGGUCUUUAUUUCUUCAUAUUUUGGUAUGUUGAAAGUGGUGUUGUGAUAUCAGUUGUUUUAUUCCAAAAGGGCUUAUGAGUAUUAGUAUUACUGUUAGUUAUCAGCUACUGAAUGAUGUGAUACUGCAGGCUUUACUACCUAUAACUUUAAGUAACACACAAAUGUUUUUUUUCUGGCAUUUUGGAAGUAAAAAAACCUCAAUAUGAUCUUGCUCUAUAAUCAGAGCAAGAUCAAAAAGCAUGUGGCAUUAUACGGAGCACUUUCAGAAGAUGAGCAUCCAGAACUAUUGAAUAUAUUUUGUAUUGUAUCAGUUAACAUCAAGAAAUGUAUCACUCAAUGUUUGGACAGAAGACGACCAGAAUGUUAAACAAGUAUAAAUCCUGUAAAAUUAAAACAUCCUACAAAUGAUAAAUGAUGAGUUUAUUUUGAACAUGUAUAUCAUUAUUAUUAAACAUAAGUCUAAGCAUGCCGUAUGUACUUUAUAUAGACAUGUAUACAUGCAUAUUCUGUAUAUUCACCUACUUCAUG